CUACACUUUGAGAGAGUGUGAGCAAAUUCCAUAAAAGUGUUUCUUAAACCUUUUUAUGGUAUUAGAGCCAUCCUAAGAGAAGUUAUCUCUUAGUCCCUUUUCUCAAUUGCUUUUAUAUUUGUUCAAUGGCCAUCGACACAACUACCACCACACCUAUCGUCACACCAACACCAUUUUCCAUCACAACCAUAGCACAAAUAUCUACUAUGGAUGCCAUUUAGGCUUUAAUAGACAUCUAAUGAAGACACGAGGAAAAGCAAAGGUUGGACUUUUACACUAUAGUGCUUCCCCUCCAAUUUCUAUUCCAAAGGAACCUCGAACACUUAAAAUUGCCCUUACGAAUUCAGGAUGGUAUGAAGCAAUGAAAGAAGAGUUGAAUGCACUACAAAAGAACAAGACUUGGACCUUGGUACCUCGCACAGAUUCAAUGAAUGUGAUUGGAUCUAAAUGGGUUUUCAAAACUAAACUAAAAGCUGAUGGCACUUUAGAAAGGCUCAAAGCUAGGCUUGAGCUUUCAUAUGCGGUUAACUCAUUUUGCCAAUUCAUGCACUCACUCCCUGUCGGACACUUCCAAUUGGUGAAAUGGAUCUUGCAUUAUGUUAAAGGGACUAUAGAUCAAUGUUUACAUUUGCUAAAGGAUAAUAGUCUUGAUUUGUAUGGAUUGUCUAAUGCUGAUUGGGCGAGUUGUCCAUUAACUCGUCGUUCGGUCACCAGAAGGCUUGAUUGCAAGAAGAAUUCCCCCAGUGUAUUGCUAGACAUGGCACCAUCUUGAGGACUCUUGUUUGGCUUGUUCACAUUUGCUUAAUCCUUUUUGGGGUUUGUUUUUGGCUUAAUUCAAAAAAUCAUCUACUAACUUUCAGUUUAAUUUCAAUUUCAUCUAUUAUCUUUGAAUUGUUUCAAUUAUUUCUAUUAUCUUUCACAUUUAUUUCAAUUUCAUCUAGGCAGUUAAAGUUAACAGA